AUGGAUGGUACAGAUUAUAGUGAGUCAACAAAUGUCAUUACAGAGGACUAUGGUGAGAUGGAUUAUGUGGAGCCAUGUCAAAUGACAAAAAACAACAGUGUGGAGASAGUGGUGCGACUCUACAUCCACUCUGUCAUCUGCAUCCUGGGUUUACUGGGCAACAUCCUGGUGAUCGUCACCUACGCCUUCUACAAGAAGGCCAAGUCCAUGACGGACGUUUACCUUCUGAACGUGGCCAUAGCCGACAUGUUGUUUGUGGCGGCUCUGCCCCUGAUCAUCUACAAUGAGCAGAGUGACUGGGCCAUGGGGAUGGUGGCCUGUAAGAUUCUCAGAGGGGCCUACAGCGUCAACCUGUACAGUGGUAUGCUGCUUUUAGCCUGUAUUAGCACCGACCGGUACAUCGCUAUUGUCCAGGCCCGCCGCUCCUUCAGGCUCCGCUCCUUCACUCUCCUCUACAGCCGCAUCAUCUGUGCUACAGUCUGGAGCCUGGCCCUGCUCCUCUCUGUCCCCACCUUUGUCUACUACGAGCGUUAUGUGCCUGCACACAGCUUCUACAAUGUAAGUGAGAAUGGAUUCUAUGAUUACAGCAAUGCUAUGACACCUGUUGGUCUGAAGAACCCUAUAUCCUCAGAGUCAGAAGAGGACUCUGUGAUUUGCAACUUCAGGUUCCCGGACAAUGCCACGGCCCGCCAGAUGAAGGUCCUGGUCCCCAGCACCCAGAUGGCGGUGGGCUUCCUCUUGCCUCUGUUGGUCAUGGGAUUCUGCUACGCCAGCGUCAUCAUCACCCUGCUGCGCGUCAAGAACUUCCAGAGACAUAAGGCAGUGCGCGUGGUGCUGGCCGUUGUGGUGGUGUUCAUUGCCUGUCAUCUGCCCUAUAACGCUGCCCUGCUCUACGACACGGUCCACAUGUUCAACCCCCAGUUUUGCGGGGAGAAGGACACCACCCAAGUGGCCAAGACGGUGACGGAGACGGUGGCCUACCUGCACUGCUGCCUUAACCCGGUGCUGUAUGCCUUCAUCGGGGUGAGGUUCAGGAACCACUUCAAGAAGAUUGUGGAGGAUGUGUGGUGCGUGGGGAAGAGGGUCAUGAACGUCCGACGCUUCUCCARGGUCAAGUCCGAGAUCUACGUCUCCACCGCCCGCAGGUCUGUGGACGGGUCCUCUACCGACAACGCAUCCUCUUUCACCAUGUGAGGAGGAGACCCUGUGUUGGACACUGCUGUUGCUUAGAACCCUAGCGAAGUCUGUUUCAUUUACCAAUGUCUAGGUGAAAGUCUACACAUUCCUUGCACAGUCUUCACAAUUUGCUGCCUUCAAAUUAAAUCUGGGAAAGGGAUUAGAUAAGCAUUUUUCCUACUGAUCUACACAACCUAUUCCACAUUUUCAAAGAAAAAUACCAAUUUUAGAACAUMAAAAAAARAACACCCCAGAGGUAAUACUUKGUGAAAUCACAUUUGGCAGCCAUUACAGCUGUGAAUCAUUUUGAAUAAGAUUCUACCAACUUUGCAUAACUCUAAGUGAAAAACUCAGAAGUGGGCAGGUGGAGUAAGCAGAGCGAGGCAGGUGGAAAGGACGAGACAGGCAGAGCACUGACUAUAUGCCAGCAGGAUAGUACAUAUCUCCAAUCAUCUUUGCUGAUAGCAAUUUUGUGUUUCCAUAAAUGGAUAAAUUGGUAUAAUUUAGCAUUUAGAUUUAAAGCUUCAACCCUUAGUUACCUYUUCCAAUUUCAAAUGAGCUUGAAAUAGGUGAAUAAUAACAUUUUUAUUGUUUUGUGAGACUACAGCUCCAGUGAUAAAAUAAAAAAAUAAAGACACGUUAUAAUUGAGUAAGUUGUCAAAGCGGUCAACCCGUCUGCCCGGCUUCAGUUGAGUCAUUACAAUUCAAAACAUUCUAAAAUCACACACACGCCUCGCACGCUCGCCUUUAGUGAGUUUAGGCCAUUUUGUCAAAAUUGCUCAAUUCAUUAMAUUUGGUUGGGAAYCMUUKAUCGCAAUAUUMAAACCUUGUCUCUGAUUUUCAAGCAGAUUUAAGUCAAGACUGAGACUGGACCAUUCAUGAACACGUAACACCUCUUUGAAUGCCAUUCUGGUGUGUCUUUCGUAUUAUAAAACUUGUGUAAUUGUCCCACUGAAAAAUAAAAACUCUAUCCUAGGGUUAGGUUUUCAGAAGACUGAGGCUUGGCUUUGGUCCUUUCAUUGUUCUUUUGAUCCUGAAAAACUCCCCAGUUCCUGGCAGUGAUAAGCAUACCCAUAACAUGAUGCUGCCACCACAACACUUGAAAAUAAAGAGGAUACACAACAUUGUAUUCACUUCACAUAACAAUCUCAGUUCUGACUUAAAUUGGAUCAAGAAUCAGAGACAAGUUUAAAUGUACAAUGCAGCCAUUUUUAUCUCAAUAUCAAAUCAUUUCUGGGGAACAAUUAGGUACCUUAGUGUGAUUGUUUUCAAUUAAAAUCGUCAAAAAGAAACAAAAAUAGCUUCUUAGCAUAGAGACAUUUCUAAAGCAAGUAUUUUGCUACUAUUUUGCUACCAAACCACCACCUUGUCCCUACCAAAUCGCUCGGAGGGCCCUCUCUUGUCACUUAUUGCUGACGUACCUCAGAGGAUGACUUCCAGGGAGUGACGAGGAGAGCAAUAAACCCAUCAACUUCAGGACAGACUUGUGACUUGAAUUAUGCAAUUCAUGUUCCACUUCAUGGUUCCCCCUGUYGUUUUACAAAAUAUAAACCUCAGUAACAGUUAAACAUUUAAUUUAGGAUUCAUUUCAUAUGUAUCAAGUCUCGAAAUCAGACAUAAACAAAUGCACAUGGCAGAUAACUAGUCACACCUCUCCAUUAUGUUGUAUAACGUUGAACAAACUCCAAACAUAUGGCGGUGCGCGUCAGGAUAGCACUAUGCUCUGAAGCCACAACAGCCUCAAUCAUUUCAACUCCGUCAGUUUGGGGAACUUCUGCAUAUGGUGGAGGCGUGCGUGAACGCGCAACUGGAGGGCCGAGGAGGGGCGAGGGGAAGGGAGUCAUUUGGGAUUCAGCCUAGCUGUUAUUGGC